UAAUUGGCCUCCUAAUCUUUGUGUAUAUAUACAGCUACAACAUCUGAGGUGAAAAGAGUAGUAAAUAGCUUAUAGGAGUAAACAGGAGUAAUGUGCACAAUGGAAGUUGUAGCUAUGGAUGUUUUAAUGAAGGAAGGAUACUACGACCAUCACCAACAGUACUCCGGUUGUAGCUCCACCUCCACCGUGGACCAAGACGGCAACGUCGGGUGGAACGACUGGUCCCCUGUCGUCGACUGGGGCCCGUUCUGCACCGAUGCUGAUGACUUCCACGGGCUCAUUGAGUCGAUGAUCUGCGACAACGACGCAGAUGUCGAAGUAUGCAUCGAUGAUGUAUGCAGCCGUCGAGCACCACCACAAAGCCGACGGGCACACCGCCGCCUCCGGCUCCGGCUGGUGCACCUGUUGAUGGCGGCAGCCGAGGCACUGACCGGCGCCCACAAAAGCAGGGAUCUCGCCCGGGUGAUAUUGGUUCGGCUCAAGGAGUUGGUCUCGCCGUCUGGCGGGGCCAACAUGGAGCGGCUGGCCGCUCACUUCACCGAUGCACUGCAGGCCCUGCUGGAUGGCCCAGCGGCGGGCCCAGCAGGCAGUCAUAAACGUUCUUCUUCUGCCCACAAUCACCGUGACGAAGCUCCUCAUCAGCAGCCGAGCGAUAUCCUGGCAGCAUUCCCGCUUCAGGACAUGUCGCCAUACGUCAAAUUCGGCCACUUUACGGCGAACCAGGCCAUACUUGAAUCGAUCUCGGGCGACCGAAGAGUCCACAUCAUCGACUUCGACAUAACUGAAGGUGUUCAAUGGGCCUCCUUAAUGCAAGCCAUGAUGUCCCUAAAGGACGGCCCCCCUCCGCCUCACCUCCGAAUCACGGCAAUCACCCGAGGCAACUGCGGCAGCAGCGGGAAAAAAACAUCGGUAAGCUCCGUCAAGAGACUGGCCACGGCUGGUGCCUUCGCCGCAUCCCUCGGCCUGCCGUUCUCAUUCGCACAAUGCAGGCUCGACCCCGACGACCAAUUCGACCGUCCGCCCCAUCAAAACCGUCAAGGCGAGUCCGUCAUCGCCAACUGCAUACUCCACCCCCGCACCGCUCCACCACCUCCGUGGCCUCCUUCCUCGCCGGCGCAGGCGACGCUCGGCGCCAAAUUAGUAACGCUAGCUGAGGAAGAAGGCGAAAGCGAGAACCAAAGCGGUAACAACUUCGUCAGCGCAUUCAUGGACGAGCUUCAUCGAUACUCGGCCGUCUACGACUCUCUCGAAGGCGAUUUCCCGAUGCAAGGACGGGCUCGGGGUCUCGUCGAGCGGGUGGUUCUCGGGCCGAGCAUCGCGAGCUCCAUCACGAGAGCAUACCGGGAGAGAGAAGAGCGGGAGGGAGAUGGAGGAUGGGGAGAUUGGAUGAGCUCGAUGGGAUUUGGUGGAGUUGGGAUUAGUUUCUUUAAUCAUUGUCAGGCUAGAUUAUUGCUUGGACUGUUUAAUGACGGGUAUAAAAUUGAAGAGGAUGCGCCCAACAAGUUAGUUUUGGGCUGGAAAUCUCGCCGCCUCAUCUCCGCCUCGAUUUGGUCAUCGCCGCCGCCGUCGACCACGACGAGUGGAUUCACGUCUUAGUUUAAAAAGUAGGGUAAACUUUGUACAAUUGUGGUGCACUUGAAUUGGGUGAUU